AUGGCAGACUGCUCCCUCUGUUUGCGCUUGGUUUGGGCAUUUUUGUCUGUUACAGUAGCAGUUAUCAGUACACUUAGCUAUUGCUACCUAAUGUGGUUGGAAGGAGAAGCAAAACUAGACGGUGUUGAUUCUACGAGCACCGAUCUGAAGGGUUUCGUUUCUAGCAACAAGUCGGUCAAGUUUUCUUUCUCUACUUUCCGUCGGUGUAAUCACUGGACUAUGUAUGAAAAUGGCGUCGAACACCGGUACAAAAUCAGUGAAAAUUGUAGAGGAUACAUGGCGUUUCGUGGAGACAACGGAAUUCCUUCUGGUGCGUGGAGAACGUGUACAAUCGUAGGUGGUAUUGGAUGGAGCUUGCUGGAUUUAGUGGCGCCAUUAGCGGUGGGCGCUAUCUUUGUUGCUCUAACCAAAGUGUGGGCUGUUAUCUGUGGAUUUAUGCAAGCGAUAGCAGGUGUGUUGCUCAUUGUGACUGUUUUCGUUUAUCCUCUUGGCCUGGAUGCUGAUAUUGUUAGAAAGGAAGCUUGUGGUUUGGAUGCCAGUCAAUACAAUUUGGGAGAAUGCACAUUUACUUGGGGAUUCUGGCUUACUGGCUGUUCAGGAAUUCUUUCCUUGGUACUAGCUGGCCUUUGUUUAAAAGCAAGUGCUACGAAGGCUGAAUAUCAUCUUGAUCAUGAAGAUUAUCGUAAAGAAAAAGAUAAUGUGCAACCAUAGCAUUAUAGUGUGUGUGUGUGUGUGUGUGUGUGUGUGUGUGUGUGUGUGUGUGUGCGUGCAGCUGCAUGGUAGAGAGGUAAACUUGAACUGUACUGUAGACUUUUAUCGAAUUGUGUACGCUGCAUGAAAGUAUGAGAUCUAGUUGAGGGACAUGUAUAUACGUUACAACCUUAGUCAUCGUCAUUAGCAGUAUAGAGUCUACCAGUGUUCUAACCUAAUUUGAUUGUAGCUCAAGAUUG